AUGGCACCUUCUCGAGGCCCCGAACCGCUUCCUCGCUCGCUCCAUCAGACACUAUCUCUACACAAGGGACCAGUACAUACUGUGCGGUAUGCGAAGGGCGCAGCAAAAUAUAUCUUGAGCGGCGGCCAGGACCGCACAAUCCGACUAUGGAAUCCUACACUCGGAACGGAGAUCAAGUCCUACUCGGCGCACGGGUACGAAGUGUUGUCUAUCAGUGUCGCGCACGAUAACGCCAAAUUCGCGAGUUCUGGAGGCGACCGUUCUAUCUUUAUCUGGGAUGUUACUGCUGGACAGACGCUGCGCCGAAUAUCUGGCCAUUUACAGAAGAUCAACGUCGUCGAGUUCAAUCAUGAUGCUACUGUUGUAGCCAGCGGUUCAUACGACUCUACUGUCAAACUAUGGGACUUGCGGUCGGUCAACCGUUCGCCAAUACAAACUCUAGAAGACGCCCGAGACUCAGUACAAACAAUUCACGUCGGACCGACUCAGAUUCUGACCGGCUGUGUUGACGGUCAUGUUCGCACGUAUGAUCUGCGGAAGGGAGAACUACGUUCUGACUAUAUCGGGCAUCCAGUUACGUCUGUAGUGCCAACUCAGGACUACGCAUCAUAUCUGGUGAUGACGCUCGACGGACACAUACGCCUGAUGGACGCGUCUAGCGGCAAGCUCCUGAACGAUUUCUCAGGCCACUCGCACUCGUCGUACCGAUGCCGCGCCGUAUUUGGCCACGGCGAAGCAUCUAUCAUAGCCGGUGACGAGAACGGCAGCGUAUGGAAUUGGGAUCUCUUGGACGCGUGCGUGCUGGCGCCGAAGCCACCACCCAAGGUGCAUGGUAAGGUGGUUACCUGGGUAGAACAUCACCCCACGGAAGUCGGGGAGAUGAUCACUGCGAGCGCGGAUGGCACCGUCAAGGUGUGGCGCUAUCCAUCGUCCGGCUCGUAG